AUGAUCACCAAGUAUUUCACCAAUAUUGCUGUGCAGUUCAAGGCCAGCAGUGCUGGAGCUCACACCGCUCGAACUUUUCUCGCAGCAAUUCCUCUGUCUGCUAAGACUGGAGGAACCAAAAUUGUUGCCAAGGUUCUGCCCGAGGCCGGAAACGGCGAGGACAAGAUCGAGGUCAAGUUCAAGGACGGCCACGUGAUCAAGGUCGACCCCAAGCUAGGCAAGUUUGUUGAUCUCAGCCGUCAGUUUGAUUCUCACUCUCAGAAGCUCAAGAUUGCUGAGAAGAUUGACGCCUAA